AUGAAUUGCAAUUUGCAUGUACACUUAUUUCAUCGAUCUCCCUCAUUUAGUCUUUAUAUAUUUUAAGCAAGACUCAAUUUCUUCCACAUACAAAAAAAGAAAAAAAUCAAACACCUUUUGGGAGCAGAGAUUCUCUCUUUAUUAGUAUAGUAGACUCACAAAUAUUGCUACUCUUGAAGAGAUCUCUGUGGCUUGAAGUGAUCAUCUUUUGUUUUGGUUUAGUAGAUUUGAAGCAAUAUGAGACGAGGCAGUUCAGGUAACGACCAUGAACUUGGGAUUCUACGAAGAACUAACUCAGACACCAAGUCCAACAACGCAGCCAUCCCCAGCAACCGUUCCGCCUUCAGCGGCCCGCUUGGCCCUUCAAAACGCGCGUCCAAGAAAAACGCUAGAUUUGCUGAGGAUCUCCCCAGGAGGAGCAACAGUAUCAGCGGUGUCGGUGGUGGCCGUGGAGACGAAGAGUACGUGGAGAUCACGCUAGACAUCAGGGAUGACUCGGUGGCCGUUCACAGCGUCCAGCAAGCGAGUCCCGGAGGAGGACCUCAGGAUCUUGAGGAUCCAGAGCUGACACUCUUGACCAAGAAGACGCUCGAGAGCAGCCUCAACAAGUCCACUUCACUUUCCUUCUUCCGUAGCACCUCCUCACGCAUCAAGAACGCAUCACGCGAGCUCCGCCGCGUGUUCUCCCGACGCCCUUCCCCCGCCGUGAGGCGGGUUGAGCGCACGAGCUCCGCCGCCAUCCACGCUCUCAAAGGUCUCAAGUUCAUCGCCACCAAGACCGCCGCAUGGCCAGCCGUGGAGGAACGGUUUGAUAAACUCUCUCUUGAUUCCAACGGUCUCUUACCAUCGUCCAAGUUUUGGGAAUGCUUAGGAAUGAACAAGGAAUCAAAAGACUUUGCUGACCAGCUCUUUAGAGCACUAGCUCACCGGAACAACAUCUCCGGCGAUGCAAUCACCAAGGAUCAGCUCAGGUUCUUCUGGGAACAGAUAUCAGAUGAAAACUUUGAUGCCAAACUCCAAGUCUUCUUUGAUAUGUAA